ACGUCAUCGACUUGCUGAUAAUCAACUCCCAAGCUUUGAUAAAAACUCACAUUUUUGGCACAGAGUAAGAGAGUGUAUUUUCAUGCAUUUCUGGUACACAUCCAGGAAAUUAAAGUUAAUUGUUAAUGUACUAUUAUUGCAAAUUAAUUCUGAGUUCAUCUGAGAAAUCUAUUCCUCUUCAUGAACGGUGUAUUACAGUUUUCUGUCAUCUGAAACUUGGAUGAAGAUUCAACAAUGCGAUUCAGCAGUGUCUUGUAGUUAUACUAGACUAGAUCUUCAGUCAAUCAACCAAUAUCUUUCGUUUCCUUAGUUAGGUUUUGUGCAUCAGAGUUUGAGUGAAAAUGUCUUUCAUAGAUAAAGUUAACACUCUUUACCAAAAAUUUAAUUUAGGACACUUGAAUAACUCCAACGAUGAACCUAUAGCAGUAGAAUUAAUUCAACAUUCAAAAGAAUUACGUAAUGAACAAGAGCAGUGUAAAUUUUUACAUGAUGCUUUACGAUUAUACGAGGACCAUUAUGGCCCUAACCAUUUGGAAGUAGCUGACAUUUCGUCCUAUUUAGGUCUUGUUCAUACUCAUUUAGGAAACUACCAUGAAAGUAAAGAACUACUUGAAAAUGCGCUUAUUGUUUUUGACGGUAGCCCAGAUGUUGAUGAAAUUAAACCUGCUGAAACUUUAGUUAGAUUAGGAAUCACACAUGUGCUUUUAGGCAAAAGCGAACAAGCAGUAGAGAUUUUAGCAAAGGCUUUACCAAUUAUUGAGAAAUAUUUUACACCUGAUGACCUUAAAGUUGCAGAAGUUCUGUUUGAUUUAGGAGUAGCUCUCGGGGAUUUAGGAAAUAACGAGAAGCAAGUUGAACUUUUGGAACAAGCUUUGCCUGUAAUACAGAAGAAAUAUGGAGAUGAACAUUUUGAGUUAGCUACAAAAUUAGCAGCUUUGGCAGCUGGCUAUAUGUACUUGAAAAAUGAGAUUAAAGCAAAAGAACUUGUAGAUCGUGCACUGCCAAUUAUCCAGAAGCACUAUGACAGUAAUAAUUUCGAAGUUGGAGAACCUUUCGCAAAUUUAGGUGUUGUGUAUGGAGCAUUAGGAGAAAAGGAUCUAGAAAUAGAGCUAUUAGAAAAGGCUUUGCACUGCUUCCAAAUACAAUAUGGUGAAGAACAUGUUAAAGUUGCAAUCACUCUUACGAAUUUGGCAUUUACUUACGGUGCUAAAGGCGAUCGCAAUAAAGAAAAAGAUUUACACGAAAAAGCACUACAAAUUAACGAAACAGUUUAUGGAUCGGACCACAAUGAAGUCGCUAAAUCUUUAUUGAAUUUAGGCAAGGUUUACGGCGCUCUUGAAGAAUAUGAAAAAAUGAAAAACUUACUUGAACGAGCCUUACCAAUAUUAGAAUGUACUCAUAGUUCUGAGACUCUUGAAUUAUGUGAAGCAAUGAUAUGGCUAGCCUCAGCUUACAGAGACAGAAAUGAUCGUCGAACUGAAAAGGAACUUCUUCAGUGUGCUAUGCCUAUGCUUAUUAAAUAUUAUGGUCGGAAACAUAUUGUGGUUGCAGAGGCAAUGGCAGAUUUAGGUUUUGCGAUUGGUGCAUUAGGUGAUUACAACAAGCAAUUCGAAUUGUUAACAAAAGCUCUUCCAGUUAUUGAAGAACAUUAUGGAUCGGGAAAUGAUGCUGUGGAAGUUAUCCGAGAGGCUCUAAAGCCAUUGAAUAAAGACGCUCAUCGACAACCAAUUUGGAAAGAAUUGUGUCUCCUUAUGUAAAUAUUAAAAAAAAAUACGACGCUCUGUCUUUUAGGUAAUGUAUUAUUAAUAGUUAAUUAUGUCUCACCUGCUUUACUGCUGAACUUCUUCUGUAAAUGAAGCAAAAUAUCAUUUUCAAAUCUAAAUGAUAUAAAUCUUACCAAACAAAAAUAUAAUUAUUUCAUCCUUACUAUCGGAAACAAAAAUAAACAAAAUCAAAGCAAAAAUAAACAAAAUUAAAGCAAAAAUAAACAAAAUUAAAGCAAAAAUAAACAAAAAUAAAGAAAAUCAAAGCAAAAAUAAAUAAAAUCAACCUUAGAUUAGAAUUUUCUUCGGGGAGAGAGAAUAUUCACUAAAUAUAAACGUUUUGGCACAAUUUAGAUCACAAUUUAGGUUACAACGAAAGUAUACGUUUAGAAUUAAUUAUAUUUGAAAUUCACAUUUCUGUCUUGAUAUUUUGAAUAUUAAAGCGAAAUAAACAUGCAUUUAAACCAAUCAAUAAAACACAAAGUAUAACUUAAUUAACAAACAUUUCAUUUCAGAUAGCAUAAGUAUAUACAGCAUUAUAAAAAUAGCAACACAUGAAAGGUAUAAAUAUAUCAAAUUGGACAUUAUGUUUAACAGUUUCAUAUGUCACCCAGACAAACUACGCAUCAUAUAUACGCACUACACAACUAUCUAUAUAUACAUAUAUCUAUACCUACAUAUAUAUUUACACAUAAAAGGAUUCUGAACAAAUUAGAAACAAGGACAGAAAUAACUCAUUAAAAGUCACAAAUUUUUCUAACAUUUCUACUACAUUUUAUUACUUUUGUAUGUAUAUAUACAGGCUGAUACGUGAAUACUGCAUAAACUCACUUUUAAGGGUUAAAACGCUCCUUAAAAUAUAAAGCUCUGCAACCCAUAGUUCUUCAGGAAACACAUUACAAAGAAUCAUUAUGGGAAACAUGGCGGAAAAAAAAGCUGCAUUUUGUAUUGAACAUGAUAAAUACUGAAAGAAAUUAAAGAACUAUUAAUUUGUCUGUGAUGAUGUGCUCGGGAAAGUAUCGGAGCUGACUGUUUAAUUUUAACCAACAAUAUAUGUGCAGAGUCAUUAAGUUAUAGCGAUGUCAGGAAGCUGAAUAAAUCUUCACUGCCUUCGCCGUGUUCGAACUCCAGACCUUCCCCAUACGAGUCGAGCUUGCUUCCAAUUACAACACGAAGGCACACGGAAAGAAGGGAGAAAAACCUCAAGUAUUUCUUCUUUUUAAAGGGGUGCUAGGGUUUAGGAGAACUAGACGUCAAAUCCUGGUUGUGACGAAUUAUUAUUUACCCCCUUUUAGGUCGAGCGUCAUUUGCAGAGUCAUUUAGAAUUUACUGAAGUCAGAAAACUGAAGAAAUUCGCAAUGUUUUCGCCAGGAUUCGAACUCCGGUCAUCCCAAAUACGCGGAAUGACUUUAGCCAAAGAAAUGCCGAUAUCGUUUUUUAAUAAAUGAAUCCCGUCGCCGAGGCGAGAAAAGGGGUAAUGAUUCUAUCUUCUGUACAGAAUGACCCUGGUUCGAAUCCAAGAGAAGGCAUGGAUAUAAAUUGUCAAUACCUAAGUUCUAACGGUGGCCGCUUAGCAGUAGCCUCAUCUAAUAAAAUGACCAUCGCUUCUGGCUUAGUAGUGGCCAAAGCCUAAAAUGGUUAGUGCCAUUAAAAAAAAAAAAAAAAAAAAAAAAAAAA